AUGCACUUCUUCAAGGCCAUCGUUCUCCUCCUCGCCCCCAUCGCCCUCGCGGCUGAGGCAACCGUCACCAAGACCGUCACCCUGGUCCCCUCGGGCUACACUCCCAGCAGCUCGACCCCGACCCCCACUUUCACCCCGUGCCCGCCUGUCUCAACCUCGACCUCUACUCCCCUGCGCACCAGCACCCCCUACACCCCGAGCCCCAGCGCCACCGCCAGCCCCAGCUUCACCGUCAAGCCCAGCUCCUCCACCCCUCUGAUCAAGGCUACUUCCGCCAUCGAGGCUGCGCCCACCCAGUCUGGCUCUGACUCUACUACCCAGACCGCUGCUGCCUCGGCCGCUGCCUCUUCGCCCGCUACUGGCGCCGCUUCGCGCCAGUUCCCCGGUGCCGUUGCCGCGGGUGCGCUCGCUAUCGCUGGUCUGCUGAUGGUCUAA